CCAGUAAACAGACAACUGACACACAGAGGAAGAAAGUCAGCUGCGGUCUCUCCGCUAUACGUGUUCGUUUCACCGCUUUCUUGACUGUCCAAAGAGCUUUCUUUCCAUGGCAGCUCGUCGACUGGUGGAGGUGUAUUUGGACCUCCUGUCCCAGCCCUGUCGGGCGGUUCACAUCUUGCUCAACUGCAACAAAAUCCCGCACACAGUCCGCACCGUGGCUCUAAGGAAAGGUGAGCAGAGGUCUCCAGAGUUCACAAAGUUGAACCCUAUGCAGAAAGUUCCUGUCAUGGACGACAACGGCUUCGUCCUCACGGAGAGUGAUGCUAUCAUGAAAUACCUGGUCACUAAGUAUGACGUCCCAGAGCACUGGUAUCCACGCCAAGCAGAGAGACGAGCCAGAGUGGACGAAUACACAGCCUGGCAUCACAGCAACACACGACCACAUGCUGCCAAAGUAUUCAUACUGGAGGUGCUCAUCCCAAUACAGACAGGCUCUCCGGUGGACAAGGAGCGUUUAAAUCAAGCUCUCUCUCAGCUUGAUGACACUCUGGACAAACUGGAGUCCAUGUUUCUCCGCCGACAGCCUUUCCUCUGCGGUGAUGACAUCACUUUGGCAGACUUGCUCGCCAUCUGUGAGCUCAUGCAGCCUUUGGGGGGAGACAGGGACGUCCUGCAGAAGCGUCCACAGCUGCAGCGAUGGAAGAACAGAGUUCAGUCCGCCAUUGGAGAUUCCUUUGACCAAGCACAUACCAUCUUGUACGCUCUCAGAGACCGCCGCAAAGCUAGGCUGUGACAUCAUCAUGCUGUAAUGAGGUUUUAAGUAAGAUGAUGGUGAUGAAGAUUUCAGGUGAUUUUCAGGUUUUUGUUCCCUCCGUUGGACAAACCUUUGUUUGAUUAAACCUUUAAUCAAGAAGCUAAGAAUUCACCAGAGUCUAAAAUAUAUUUAAUCACAAUAUCAGAUGACAUUUUUCAAAUCAAUAACAUAUUUGACAAAAAAACAUGCUUUACACUAAAAAUGUUAAGCUUUCUGUGAUUUAGUGGUUUCAGAUGUAAUGUUUGCAUCAGCAGAAAUGCAGUAACAAAAUACUCAGAGCUUUUUAAAGUGAAAUUUGUUAUAAAUGAUUUGAAGGCAGAUUUUUGUUCUAUCAGCAGCUUCACAGAAAACAGACAUGAGAACCAGAAACAAACUGAAUAGAAGGAAAGAAUAAAGAAAAAGAAAAUUCUAACAUUAAAAAAGAUUAAACUAAAAAUGAUUACAGAGCAGCAUGAGAUGCAUUUGCACUUCUAAAUCUAACAUAAGAGUUUGAAGCUUUGAUUGAGCAAAAUCUACAGCUUAUUUCAGGUCUGUGGAUUGUUAAAAAUGAAUGCUGCUUCCCCAGGUUUUAGGGUCCGUUCUAAAAGUCCAUUUUGCUUAAGAAGGUUCCUAACUGAGUGAAACGACCCGGAAGCGUUUUAGUGUCGGCCAUGAUAAAGGCCGUUCGAAUUCUCCAACUGAAAAGGAAAGGAGCUUCGUUAUUUCCUUUAUUAUCUCCUUUAGCCUAGGAAACACUGGACCAUCCUUUACCAAAGGAGAGAUGAAAAGAUGACCCACAAUGAUUUGUGUAAACUUCAUUUAAAGUGAUGCACCUGUUGACUGCUCAUCAGAACAAGUGAAUAACUUGACUGUAACUCUACUAGCCCCGAUUUAAACCGUAACAUUCAUUGUCAAACUUAUAAUCCAUGUGAUAAACGGAAGGGAGUAGGGAUGAACAGAGGAAUACUACAGACAUGACAACUUUAUCAUUCAACUAAUGAUCACGAUUUCGUUUCUUCUCAUUUCCAUUUUAUUCAAACAGUAAACCGAUCAGUCAGUAUUUUAAACUGUAUUUGUUUUGCUUUUUUGAAAUAUUAAAGUAAAUGUGAUAAAAGUUUGAAAAUCACAACCAAUUAAAGCGAUAAAGUCGGCAUGUUGCUAUAUUGUGAAUAUUAGAUCUAUCAUCAUAAUUACACAGGGAAGACGCGGUUUAUAGAGCUUUUCACAUGACGAGCUGAAAGGAAGAUGAAAUCAGAAUAGAUUCUGUCAUAAAAUGAACAGAGACGAGAAAAUUAAAGAAAAAAUGGAUAGGUAGGGAAUAAAGCAAAACUAUUCGUUGUGAAAUAAAAGGACUUGAACAUUAUUCAUCUCGUUGUAUUGACUUAGCAGAAAGUUCAGAUUAAGAGAAAAGUUUCUGCUGUUCUGGAUGUUUACAGUCAUAGUUUCUCUUCCUGAAGAGACUUUGACAUAUAAAAAUCUUAAUGAGCUCAGAUUUAUCUCUGAAGUAUUAGCGUUUCAUUCGCAGCACAUAACAACACAAAGAACGCACCGAGUGGUGGAUGCGAAUUUUGUAGUCCAUCAAUGUUAAAUUGUAGUUUUUACACAAAAAACACACGUCACGUCCGUAACAUCGGCCUAGGGAAAAUGCAGUCGGAUUCCUUAAUCACCACAGUUCUCCUUUCCUAUCCUCUUACUCUCACCUCUCCUUAAUCCUGUGACGUUUUUUGUCGGGGUUAAGGACAAGUGAAUAGGAAAGGACUUAGGAGGUUAUUUUUUGGACUAUUCGAACGGACCCUUAGUUUGGACUGUGAGAGCAGAGAACAGACCUGAAAAAAAGAUAACUGAUCUCAUCAUUUUACUGAUCUGGUUCUAAGCUAAUGUAUUAACAUUAUGAAUGUCAGAUGUGUUAAGUUUGAAUCAUCUUUGUAAUGAACUGAAAUAAAGUUUAAGAUUUAUUUUCACACAA